AUGUCGGGAUAUUUCUUGACAACACCAAUGAAAAUGUUCAGUGUACUAUCGUACUUAGCAUAUCUAGUAUUUGUUAUAUGGGGUCUAACAUUGUAUGACAUUGAUUCCGUCCAAAUCAGUAAGGUUCUGCCAAAAUCUUACUUCUCUAACUGGAACAAGUACUGGACUAAAGAGUUUAGAAAUGAAUCUAUAAUCCAAUUUGUUGCUAUUCACCCUUAUGGUUACACACACAAUCAAACCAUAGUUUCAGAUUUUGAAAGAAUGAUAAAAACAAAAUCCUACAUGAAAUUCGAUUCCUUCCAGAGUUGGUUUAUAACUUACUCUUCCAGCGAUUAUAUGAACCUCACCACAGAGGAGACAUUCUUUCAAUCUGUUCAAAAAAGUUUUAUUCCAAACAACCCCGUGUUUAAACACGAUCUUGUUAGUGAUGCAAUUAGUGCUCGAGUAAUUACAACAAGAUUCUAUAUGAAGACAAAGCAUGUAUCGUCAACAAAAGCAAUGGUUCAAAUAAAGAAAGACUUGCAAAAACUGGUUAAAGACAUAAAUGAAUAUGUCGAAGAUAUACAUGGUAUUUACAACGAUAAGGCGGUAAACGAGUCCCCGUUCAUAUGGAAAGUUGACGAUGAUCAGUAUUUCAUUGCCCAUUCACCGGAUUUCCUCGCUACAGAUUUGUAUAUGCUUCCACUUUGGGAAAUUCUUCAGAUUGCCGCAGUCCAGGUCAGUCUUUUAUUCUGUCUGUCUGUCAUUCUUAACCCUAGCCUCGGUAUGGCCAUUCAACUUCCACUCUGCUACUUUUCAAUGGUUGGGAGAAUUUUUGGACUUUCUCACUUCUUUGGUGUCUACCUUACCCCUGUACCUAUGAUUGUUUACAUGACUGGCUGUUCUUACAGCACUGAGGUCAUUUCCCACACGUACUAUCAUUUCAUGAAAGCUGAAGGAAUCAACCGAACAGCACGCAUGAAUACAGUCCUUAGUACUAUUUCUCAGGCGAUCUUCCACCCAAUAUUUGGACAGUUCUUAGGUCUGCUUGUUCUUAUCGUUAGUGAGUCCUAUGUAUUUGUCACCGUGUUUCAGCUUACAAUCAUCACCACAGGCUCCUGUGUUAUUCACACAGUUCUAUGGUUACCAACCCUUCUGUCUUUGUUAGGUCCUGGUGAAGACAAAAUACCCGAAGAAUCUCUUAGCAUCUAUAAAGUUGAAUUAGCAACUGUAUCAAAUGACGUUGCUAGCAGUAAUAAUUCAGCUGGUAUUGUAAAUCGUACAUUUGUCAGGAAUAGUUGA